UUGAUUUCUGAUUCGAAGCCUAAACACAAUGUAAACUAUUACUGUGUUACUCUCCACGAUCCUGAGAACUUUGUUGUGUGUGGAGAAAAAAAGGUUUUACAUCAGUAAUAUUUGUAAACACAAACAUUAUUCCAUCUAUUCAUCAUACUAUAUGAGCAUUCUACUUUGGACUUUAUUCACACUUCCUUCAUAAAUACUAAACAAUCAAUCAAUAACAAAUACAUGAUAUGGUACCCUAACAUAUGGGAGGUGAACCAUAAGAUAUGGUACCCUAACACUACCAUAUGGGAGGUGAACCAUAAGAUAUGGUACUCUAACACUACCAUAUGGGAGGUGAACCAUAAGAUAUGGUACCCUAACAUAUGGAAGGUGAACCAUAAGAUAUGGUACCCUAACACUACCAUAUGGGAGGUGAACCAUAAGAUAUGGUACUCUAACACUACCAUAUGGGAGGUGAACCAUAAGAUAUGGUACUCUAACACUACCAUAUGGGAGGUGAACCAUAAGAUAUGGUACCCUAACACUACCAUAUGGGAGGUGAACCAUAAGAUAUGGUACCCUAACACUACCAUAUGGGAGGUGAACCAUAAGAUAUGGUACCCUAACACUACCAUAUGGGAGGUGAACCAUAAGAUAUGGUACCCUAACACUACCAUAUGGAAGGUGAACCAUAAGAUAUGGUACCCUAACACUACCAUAUGGGAGGUGAACCAUAAGAUAUGGUACCCUAACACUACCAUAUGGGAGGUGAACCAUAAGAUAUGGUACCCUAACACUACCAUAUGGGAGGUGAACCAUAAGAUAUGGUACUCUAACACUACCAUAUGGGAGGUGAACCAUAAGAUAUGGUACCCUAACACUACCAUAUGGGAGGUGAACCAUAAGAUAUGGUACCCUAACACUACCAUAUGGGAGGUGAACCAUAAGAUAUGGUACUCUAACACUACCAUAUGGGAGGUGAACCAUAAGAUAUGGUACCCUAACACUACCAUAUGGGAGGUGAACCAUAAGAUAUGGUACCCUAACACUACCAUAUGGGAGGUGAACCAUAAGAUAUGGUACCCUAACACUACCAUAUGGGAGGUGAACCAUAAGAUAUGGUACCCUAACACUACCAUAUGGGAGGUGAACCAUAAGAUAUGGUACCCUAACACUACCAUAUGGAAGGUGAACCAUAAGAUAUGGUACCCUAACACUACCAUAUGGAAGGUGAACCAUAAGAUAUGGUACCCUAACACUACCAUAUGGGAGGUGAACCAUAAGAUAUGGUACCCUAACACUACCAUAUGGAAGGUGAACCAUAAGAUAUGGUACCCUAACACUAACAUAUGGGAGGUGAACCAUAAGAUAUGGUACCCUAACACUAACAUAUGGAAGGUGAACCAUAAGAUAUGGUACCCUAACACUACCAUAUGGGAGGUGAACCAUAAGAUAUGGUACCCUAACACUAACAUAUGGGAGGUGAACCAUAAGAUAUGGUACCCUAACACUAACAUAUGGAAGGUGAACCAUAAGAUAUGGUACCCUAACACUAACAUAUGGAAGGUGAACCAUAAGAUAUGGUACUCUAACACUAACAUAUGGGAGGUGAACCAUAAGAUAUGGUACCCUAACAUAUGGAAGGUGAGUCAUAUAAUAUGUCACUUGUUGAGACACUUAAUUAAUCUUAUAGUUAAUUCAAUUUAAUUCAGGUGCUGAUGAAGUGACAGCAGAGUCAACAGGUCAAUGCAAACAAUAAUGUACGAUAUCCUAUAUUACGUUAAUAUUAAUAUACCAGACUGGUGUAAACUGUCUAUUUAUUACGGUGACUUUCUAUACUUAUCUGUAUUUAUUUCUGUCUUUGUGCGGCUGCAACGACCGAUGUCCCCGCUGGGAUCAGUUAAGGUCUCAUCUCAGUUCCAAACAGGAAUAUGUUGAUGGUAACUUUCUUU